AUGAUAGAAAGAACCUAUAAGGCAGAAAUAGGGCGGGCGGCUGCGCAGGGCUGCAGGAGAAGAUGGCGGUCUCCACAGACAAAUUAUGAAAACAGAAUAUAUAGCCUAAAAGUAGAAUGUGGGCCUAAAUAUCCAGAAGCUCCUCCAUCAGUUAGAUUUGUAACAAAAAUUAAUAUGAAUGGAAUAAACAAUUCCAGUGGAAUGGUGGAUGCACGGAGCAUACCAGUGUUAGCAAAGUGGCAAAAUUCCUAUAGCAUCAAAGUUGUACUUCAAGAGCUGAGACGACUAAUGAUGUCCAAGGAGAAUAUGACGCUUCCACAGCCACCCGAAGGACAAACAUACAACAAUUAAUUGUAGUGAAUCUCAGAUUUGUCUUACAUCAACAACCUUCUACUCAUAUUAAUGUCUUGAUUAAAUAUCACAAUGCAAAAUACCUACACAUUAAGUAAGAGAAUUCCAGCUGGUAAACAUGACCUGGACAUUUGUAAGAAUAUAUUUAAUAUAU